GAUGCCGCGGGGGCGGGAGGCGCUCCCGGGCCGCAGCGCGGAGGGCGGCGUUCAGCACGGCCGGCUCCCCGGGGAAGGACCGGCCGGGCGCGGCCCCCGCCCCCGCCCCCGCCCCCGCCCCACGGCGCUGCCCUCCUCCAAGCCGCUCACCUCCUUCCUCAUCCAGGACAUCCUGGGGGGCGGCCCGGGCCCGGCCCGGCCCCGCACCCCCGGCCCCGACCCCCCGGAGCCGCCGCGGCCCGACGCAGAUACCCACUUUGAGACUUAUCUAUUGAACUGUGAGAACACUCCAAGCGCCUUCCCAGGCCUCCCCCAAACCCAGAAACAGCCAAAACGGUCGCGGGCUGCCUUCUCCCACACUCAGGUCAUCGAGUUAGAGAGGAAGUUCAGUCAUCAGAAGUACCUGUCGGCCCCCGAGAGAGCCCACCUAGCCAAGAACCUCAAACUCACUGAAACGCAAGUGAAAAUAUGGUUCCAGAACAGACGGUACAAGACCAAGAGAAAGCAGCUCACCUCCGACCUCGGAGACCUCGAUCCGAACUCGACCUUGCCAGGCCUUAAAGAAGAAUCCUUGUCCAGGACCUCGCUGAUCUCCAUGUAUAACAGCUAUCCCUACUAUCCUUACUUCUACUGCUUGGGAGGCUGGAGUCCAGCUUUCUGGUAACCACAAUUAGGUGACGACCGAUGGAACCGCUACUCCGGCUCCGUGCUUCUAAAGUCAAAGAUGGGUGGAGGGGGCAGGGGGAUGUCGUACGUGCAGAUGAGAACCACCGCAAGUUGUAAGCGAAAGACGCUGGCGGAUUAGCUCAAUCUGUGACGCUGUAUAUUUAAUAUUUAAAUACUUGAUUCGUCCAACAGGGCAGGUUAGAAAUGGAAAACUGCACUUGGCGGUUUUUAGUGGGAUGUAAACUCGUGUUGCUCUGUUUCAUUUUUAAAAAGAAUAUUUAGUGUUUCCAGAACUGGGUUUUCCUAGUUGAGAGUUAGCUAGCAGCCCCCUCUGAUUUCUGUGUGUUCUGUUUCUCCAACCUAAUCUCCAGUGUAAAUUCUAACUCUCCCAUUUUAUGGGUGUUCUGCAGUUUGGAUUAAUAUCUAAAAAGCCUUCUAUUAGGCAUGUAAGAUUUCCCAGAAAGACUGGAAGUGUGACUUAUGUUCUCUCCCCACCCCGAGGGAGCUCAAAUGCCCUGCUUUUAGUCCCAGAAUUAAGCAGGAGCCGGACAUUGUUGAGGUAAUGGAAAUUGGGAGGUUUUUUUCUAUGUUUUUUAUAGACCUCUUUACUCAGAUCUAGAACUUAAAAAGUGGCCUAAUUAAAAUGAGCUUCAUUCAAAAUGAUCAUUUUUUUUCUGAUUUUGCAUGAUGCUAUAUCACCUCAUUCUUUAUUCUCAACACACAUCUCUGGUCUAGAUUUAAUCUUUGUCAGACUAUUACCAGCUCUGUAGAAUUUAGCCAGUGAGAGACGACCACCCGCUUGUCUUUUGCAGCCCAACUGCCUUAUUUCACGGAAGUAGAAUUAGCUGUCUCUUCAUCCCUCUAAAAAUAAGAUAGUUCAGCCCCUGAAAUAUUAGCGUUAUCUGUGGAACGAUGAGCACUUUUUAAUCCUUCUUUUUAAAAAUGAUCUGAAUCCUGCUAAUAGCAAAGCUUAAUCUGACCUGGGAGAGUGAUCUUAUUUUGUUUCUGAACCUUUAUACAUUAUACAUUUUAUUUAAAGAAAUAGAACCCCCCCCCCCCCAGUGGCUGCUACACAGAGACAGCCUAUAAAACAGUUCCUAAAUGAACCAGCAACAAGACUUUUGGAGGGAAAGGUGAACUGGAGUGGAAGACAAAAGAUAAGGAGAAAUUCACCAGCUCUGUGAUGUCUGCUAAAAGGUGACUCGGUAGGUUAGACAUCCAAACACAUUUUUUCUAGUUGGUAACUAAAGGUUUCAAACAAGGGGUCAUUUAGUUUGGAAGCUUUCCCACUCCCCAACUUCCCUCCUAGAAACAGGGUUCAUUUGCAAGCUCUGCAAGCAAGACUGUCACAAGAUGAUUGGGUGGUUGAGCCACUUGACGAUCUUGCUGAAGCCCUGGGGGAGGAACAAAAUGAGUUCAACUUUUCUCCAAAUGUCACAUUCAUUCCCAUAUUAUGCUUGGAGGGUUGGCUUUUAACUGUGUACCCGUGAAAAUGACUCCUUGAGAUCUUUUUAUACCCAUUCUUCGAUAGACUCCUACCCCUCUUCCAAAUUUAAUUUUUAGUUAAUUUGGGAAUUAUUAUAUUCUGAACAUUCUAUGAGGAUUAGUGUUGCAAACAGUUUUUUCAAACCCCCUUUCCCACCCACCUCCCUGCAAAACCCCUCCAACAACAAUAAUCAGCACCUAGUGUUCUUGACUCCCUCUAGAAUGCCCUUCAUCUAAAUCCAUGAAAACACCAUUUUGCAGAGAUUAAGAGUAUCAAAAAGGUCACAAGAACUGUCCCAUUGAAUAUUUCAUUUAGAAAGCCUGUUUCAAUCCAGCUCACCAAGGUUUUUAUUUCCUUCAAAACACGUAAAUUUUAUUGCCAUGCUGUAACAAAUUGCCUGGUUUUAAAUUUUAGUAGUAGACAACCUGUUCCUGGGUCAGGGUUUCAUAUACAGUAGAGCAGCAACUGUGCUGUGAUUUAGUGAAAGUCAGCUCUUGACACAACUAAGCCCAAUAUGACAUGUUAUUUUUGUAUAUGUAUUUUGAUAACUUUCAACUUUUUUUGAAUAAAGUGCGCUGUCUAUUAAAAGUGA